CAAAAGGCAUGUCAACCACGCCCUUAACUUGUGAGGCUAACUCUAAAAUCUUCGAUCAGACUUCACUCCUCUCUAUCUAGCACACAGUUGAAAUUUUGAAGGAUGAAUGCCCUCGCAUCUGUUCGGAGUCCGCAGACUCAGUUCCUACCUGGUACUCCUCCGGUGCUAGCGGACAAAUCUCUUCAUUCCAAUUUUUUAGCAUUCAUCCCUACCUCUGAGAGAGGCGCAAAAACUUCGAAGUGCAGGAGGUCAUUGAAAAUUCAAGCUAGUGGGGAUGGCAGAGGAUCUGGUAGCACGAGCAUAUUUGUUGGUGGCUUUGUACUGGGAGGGCUUGUUGUUGGAGCAUUGGGUUGCAUAUAUGCUCCCCAGAUAAGCAAGGCACUAGCAGGAGCAGAUAGAAAAGAUUUGAUGAGAAAGCUCCCAAAAUUUAUAUAUGAUGAAGAGAAAGCUUUGGAGAGGACACGCAAGAUACUAACCGAAAAGAUUGCCCAGCUGAAUUCUGCCAUAGAUGAUGUUUCAGCUCAACUUCAUGCAGACGAUGAACCGAAUGGAGCAGCAGUAGCGCCCGACGAACUCGAAGCUUCCAUAUGAUACAUACUUUGCAUUCUGAAACUGAAAUAAUUAGCAGAUGUUAAAUCUGACUUCCAAUGGUGUCUUAAAUAUGUGGUUUACAGUUUGAUAUUCAUAUUUGGAAUUCUUUCCACUACUAUGUAUAUAUUGCAGAGUAAGAAGCCCAGCUAUUAAAUUUGUUAGGAAAAUGUUCAGACUAUCAUCGUAUUUUCUCAACUAUAUGCCUAAAUUUUGAAAAAGAGCGUCUCAUUUUUAAUAGUAA